GGCCCUAGCCCUGUGCCUGCUGUCCCUAACAGGUGAAGUCUGACUCACCCCCUCCUGCAGGCACCAUGGCCCGGAGCAGGGCACUGCUGUUCCUGUUGCUGUUGCCAUCGCAGCUGCAGCUGGGACCAGUGAGCACGGUGAGGUCUCCGGGGUUUGGCCGAGGUGGUGCCCACAGCCUGAGCCCUGAAGAGAACGAAUUCAUGGAGGAGCCAGUAUUGGUCCUGAGCCCCGAGGAGCCAGGGCCUGGCCCUGCCACCAUCAACUGCCCCCGAGACUGUGCCUGCUCCCAAGAAGGUGUUGUGGACUGUGGUGGCAUUGACCUGCGUGAGUUCCCGGGGGACCUGCCUGAGCACACCAACCAUCUGUCUCUGCAGAACAACCAGUUGGAGAAGAUCUACCCCCAGGAGCUCUCCAGAUUGCAUCGACUGGAAACUCUGAACCUCCAGAACAACCGUCUGACUUCCCGAGGGCUCCCGGAGGAGGCGUUUGAGCAUCUGACCAACCUCAACUACCUGUACUUGGCCAAUAACAAGCUGACCUUGGCACCCCGGUUCCUGCCAAACACCCUGAUCAGCGUGGACUUCGCUGCCAACUAUCUCACCAAGAUUUACGGGCUCACUUUUGGCCAGAAGCCAAACUUGAGGUCCGUGUACCUGCACAACAACAAGCUGGCGGAUGCCGGGCUGCCGGACAACAUGUUCAACGGCUCCAGCAACGUCGAGAUCCUUAUUCUGUCCAGCAACUUCCUGCGCCAUGUGCCCAAGCACCUGCCACCUGCCCUCUAUAAGCUGCACCUCAAGAACAACAAGCUGGAGAAGAUCCCACCAGGUGCCUUCAGUGAGCUGAGCAAUCUGCGUGAACUGUACCUGCAGAACAAUUACCUGACUGACGAGGGUCUGGACAAUGAAACCUUCUGGAAGCUGUCCAGCCUGGAGUACCUCGAUCUGUCCAGCAACAACCUGUCGCGGGUCCCGGCAGGGCUGCCGCGCAGCCUCGUGCUCCUGCACCUGGAGAAGAACGCCAUCCGGAGCGUGGACGCAGACGUGCUGACGCCCAUCCGCAGCCUCGAGUACCUGCUGCUGCACAGCAACCAGCUGCACGCGCGCGGCAUCCACCCGCGGGCCUUCCAGGGCCUUAAGCGGCUGCACACGGUGCACCUGUACAACAACGCUCUAGAGCGCGUGCCCAGCGGCCUGCCCCGGCGCGUGCGCACUCUCAUGAUCCUGCACAACCAGAUCACCGGCAUUGGCCGCGACGACUUCGCCACCACCUACUUCCUGGAGGAGCUCAACCUCAGCUACAACCGCAUCACCAGCCCACAGGUGCACCGAGAUGCCUUCCGCAAGCUGCGCCUGCUGCGCUCGCUGGACCUGUCCGGUAACCGGCUGCACACCUUGCCACCCGGGCUGCCGCGCAACGUGCAUGUGCUGAAGGUCAAGCGCAAUGAACUGGCAGCCCUGGCGCGCGGAGCGCUGGCCGGCAUGGCCCAGCUGCGUGAGCUGUACCUCACCGGCAACCGGCUGCGUAGCCGCGCCCUGGGCCCCCGCUCCUGGGCCGACCUUGCCCACCUCCAGCUGCUGGACAUCGCUGGGAAUCAGCUCACAGAGAUCCCUGAGGGGCUCCCUGAGUCACUCGAGUACCUGUACCUGCAGAACAACAAGAUUAGCACUGUGCCUGCCAAUGCCUUCGACUCCACGCCCAACCUCAAAGGCAUCUUUCUCAGGUUUAACAAGCUGGCCGUGGGCUCCGUGGUGGAAAGUGCCUUCCGGAGGCUGAAGCACCUGCAGGUCUUGGACAUAGAAGGCAACUUUGAGUUCGGUGACGUUUCCAAGGACCGGGGCCAGUUGGAGGAAGAGGAUGAGGAAGACGAGGAGGAUGAGGAUGAGGAGGAUGAGGAAAGGCGAUAGUGACGGGGUGAACCGGAUUUGACAUAGGACACCGGACCGCCAGACCCCUUUCUGCAGCACGUACCUGUGCCCUGUGAGCCCCACUCUGCCAUGCUCACAGACACACCCAGUGCCACCCUCACCAGCCACCCUGCACCCCACUGCCACAACACAGGCUGGACACACAGUCUCCCAUUCCCCCUUGUUCCUGUAGCACCCCACGGCCAGACACGUGCAGGCAACAUGACACAGUCACACACUGCUGGCUGCACGGAGCAAGCCCACCAUACAGUUCCCCUCUCCAUCCCACGCCCUCCAUUGCCAUCAUGCCCUUGGACUCCUGCAGACUCAGGGAAGGGUCUGACCCUGCCCUGGCACUCACGGGCGCCUGCUCCCUUCACCUUGGACCCGCAUGUGCACACGUGCGCGCGCACGCGCGCGCACACACACACACACACACACACACACACACACACACGAGUCCCAUGAAAACAGCCCUCUAUGGCCUAUGCCACCGACAUAUCUUGCCCCAGCCAGAACUGGCCAGAACAGCUUGCCACCUGCUCAUCCGUCUGUUCGUCCGUCCACUGGAGAAGACAGAGUUAUCUUGGUGCUCUCUGUGGCCAGGUGCCUGCCACCCUCUGGAACUCACAGAAGCUGACUUUUGUUCCUUUUCCUCCCUUUGGGGACAGGAACCUUUGGGACUGCUGCCCUGGCCUGCCUGCCCUGACUCCCAGCUGCCCGGGCAGCCACUCCCUGCCAGGCCCUGGCCGGCCACAGGCAUGUCUGUGAUGGGAAACCCCAUUGAGGCCAGAGGGAAAGUCUCCUGGGGUUGCUGGGGCCUUGGGCAGAAGUCAGGUGGAAGGGCAGUGCCAGGCAAGGAGGAAGGGCCCAGCUGCCCUGAUGACAUACCUUUUUUAUUCUUUGGGCCUGUGGGAUGUUCUGGGUGCCUUGGGUUUUUUAAUUCUUUUUUAAGAAAAAAAAAUGAUAAAAAACAAAACUGAUUUUUCUUGUUAUAGAAAAACUAAUAUAAAAGCAUUACCCCUUUCUGGCAGCCUAUGGCCGUGUCCGUGUGUGCUUCCUGCCAGGUGCCAGGCCAGUGCCUGGCUGGGGUGGGCAGGAUACAAGCACCUGAGGGCCUUUCCAGACCAGCAGGAGUCGGCAUGAAGUUCAGUUCUUGGGCCCACAAAGUAAUCACACAGGCAGAGGUCCAGAGACGCAGGGUUUAGUCACGGGUGAGGAGGCCUGGAGGCACGUGUGACCGUCAGCUUGGUGGGGGUCAGCAGGUCCGGCCAGCACCACCACACGGGGCUUGUGAGCUCACUCCGUGCUUCCAGAGGCUGAGCAUCUGAGUUCACCCAGAGGGCCGCCUGUGCACUGAGUGGGCACUACUGAUGGGGUUUGUCCCCAGGAUGGCUGGGGUGGGAAGGGGACUAGAGGCAGGCCUGAGACCUAGAGCAGGGUCUACUUGGGGGCCCAGGUCUUUGCAGGCCUGCCCGGGGAAGAAGUGACGGACACGCCUAGUGCUCCUACCACCCCCAACAGUGCCAGAGUUGGAACUGGAAGGCAGCCCCCGGCUCAGAGCACAGGUGGUGAGAUGCCCAGGAAGCAUGACCUCCCACUACCGGAGGUGUGCAAGCGUGCUCCUGUCAACCCCAAUAAAGACCAGAUUCCUGCCUUGUGGUGGGCCAGGCUUCGUUGCUAAAAGGGCCUUAGAGAUGUGACACAGGGAAGGGACGUUUAAGCCAGUCCACACCACUGUGGGAAUGACUGAUAGCUUGACCUCUGACCUCUCUUAGGUGAUUAGGCCUGAGUGAAGGAAGGAUGCUCCCAUGGUGGACCCCACAGCCCCCAGCCCUGCAGCGAGAUGGGGAUCCUAGGAUCGGGGCCCUUCUUGGACUCCUCAGAUCAUGGCCGUGCGAGGAGGAUAGGAAGGAGUUCAGGAGCAGGGGCUGGGAGGCAAGUGCCCUCCUGGUUCUCUGAGUGACUUUGGGAAGCCCAUCCCCUCCCCCAGCUUCACACACACACACUUCAUGAGCUCCUCUGUGUAAGACUCUGGAGCUAGAUGUUCUCCCCAAAGCACAUUCAGAACAGGCAGUGUGGCCACGGCUCUUCUGUGUCCCCUGGAGCCUCCUGGAGGCACCCUGGGGCUGAGGACAAUGAGGGAGAGAGUCUGGAAAUGUCCUUGGGCACAUCCCCUCCUUAAACAAAGCAAAGGCCCUGAUUUACACUCUGCCUCCUGCAUAUGACAGGUCAGACAGGCCUGUCCUCAUUCCAACCUCCAGGGACAGGCUCAUUUGCACUCUGGCUGCCCAGGCAGGUCUGUCCAUACACUGACAGGCCAGCUAGACCUGUCUACACUCCAGCUACAUGGACAAGCCUGUACAUUCUGGCACCUGGGCAGGUCUGUUCAUACGCUGGCUGCCCUGUCAGGCCAGUCUGACAGCCUGUAUGAGCCCAAUAAAGAAAUGCUGGCUGGGGGGCCUGGGUGGCUCAAUCAGUUGAGCAUCAUCAGACUCUUGAUUUCGGCUCAGGUUAUGAUCUCACGGUUUGUGAGUUCGAGCCCUGUGUCGGGCUGAUGGCAUAGAGCCUGCCUGGGAUUCUCUCUCUCUCUCUUUCUCUCUCUCUCUCUCUCUCUCUCUCUCUCUCUCUCUCUUUCUGCCCCUCCCCUGCUCGCAUUUCUUCCCUUCCCCCAAUCUCAAAAAUAAGUCAACAUUAAAAAAAAAAAAUGCUGGCCAGGGUAUGGUCACCAAGCCCACAAGACUGAAAAACAAAACACCUUUAUUUAGUUAUCACUGAAUUUGCAAACACAGAAAGGAGUAGAAAAUCUAACACCACUUCAUCACACAGGCUCAUGGAGAGUGCUGACCCCAAGGCUCCAUGGGCAGCUUGACUAAAGCAUCCCAGGCAAGCCUGCCUCCCCAGUCCUGGCUGGCCCACCUGUCCUGUGGGAGACUGGCCCAGAUGUUUCCAAGGGCCCCUGCAGCUCUUCUGAGGCCAUGCUGUCUCCACACAGGCUGAGCUUUGUGAGAGACGACUGGUGAGACUGAUGGGAGACGGGACAAGCUGUGGCACGUGGCAGGCAGCGGGCCUUGGCCUAGGCCUGGGCCGUCCUCAGGGAGGGCUGUUUGUCUGAGGCCACGUGUUAUGGGGCAGGGAGGGUGACCGGCCUGGGCAGGGACUCAGCUGGGACAGAACCAGAACAUCGCUGUGUCUUCAUAAACUGAAGGCAGUGGUGGCUGCUGAGCUCCUGCAGAGGGGCAGAGACCCUUGGCAUCUGGCCCUGCAGGCCCCUGUCCUCCAGGAGAGAGUGGCCAGGGCCUAGAAGACUUAAGUUAGAGUCCUGGCCAUGACAUUACCUGCCC